AUGUCCGUCCCAGCAACGCACAAUCCUGUCAUCGGUCCUGCUGGUGGCAGCGCCCCUUCCAAAGUUGCGCUUCACCUGGGUCACCUUCCCUCCAAGAAGGACAUUAAGGCGCCAUACCCGCGUACGCCGACUCGUAUCGACCCCAACAAUCCGCCUUGGCCUGCAUACCGCGGCUACCAUGAGUAUUCGUUCGCACACGCGACUAUGGGUGUCCGCCUGCCCACGAUUCUCGGCAAGGCCAUUGACGACACCAUUCGCACACUCAACGAGCAGUCCGAAGAGGACAAAGUUGUCGAUCUAGUCCAAUGCAUCGAGCGCAUGGAUGAGCUCAUGACCGACCUUUCCGGCAACGCGAAAUUGCGUCCCAUCGUCGAUGACAACGAGGCCGAUGUCGCUCUAUGGAACAAGGAGAUCGCGAAGUACUUUCAGAAUAAGGAUUUCAUGAAUGCGCCCUGGCUGUUUGCAGAGGCGUACAAAUACCGUCGUCUGCACGAGGCCUUCAGCGUCAGCAAGUACUGGCAAGAUUACGACGUCUUCUUCCGUCAGAAAUGUGAUACGUUCUCGCGGUCGUCCGACGCUGUCUUCGAGCUGUCAAUGCGCUUUGCCGAACCAUUCCACCUCUCUCCUAAUGAUUCACCUGAAGAUAAACUUGAGAAAGAGCGCUUAAUGUUCCUCGAGCUCACGCAAGUUUGCCUAUGGGGCAACUCGACUGAUCUGUCGCUGCUUAUCAACAUGACAGAGGAGCAGAUUAAGGCUUUGCAAUCGACAGGAGGCGAUCACCUUGCGGCGACUGAAAAGAACAUCCUUGGCAACCACCUCCCUCUACUCUGGGAGACCGUAAGGGACCUGCGCGGCAAGACGGGAGGCCGCAUUGACUUCGUGCUCGAUAACGCCGGGUUCGAACUUUACUGUGACUGCGUUUACGCCGAUUUCCUCAUUCAGAGCGGCCUCGCCUCGCAGGUCCGGUUCCACGGCAAGCGGUUUGCUUGGUUCGUUUCCGAUGUCACCCGCAAGGACUGGAAUUGGCUUCUCAACACCAUGGUUUACGGCCAGCUCUUCCCGCACUCCACGGACCAAGAGCGGGAAUCGCUUCGCCGUCUUGGAGAGCGCUGGAAGCAGUACGAGAAGGAGGGCAAGUGGGUGUACGAGCAGCACCCAUUCUGGUGCACAGGCUACACCUUCUGGGAGCUCCACAACGAGGCGCCCGAUCUGUUCUUGCAUCUCUCCCGGUCGGAUCUCGUCAUCUUCAAAGGUGACCUCAACCACCGCAAACUCACCUAUGACUGCGCCGCGCCAGCGUCAACACCUUUCGAUGUCGCAAUUGGCCCCAUGGCGAAUGCAGCAGGUGCGCCCAAAGUCUGCUCGCUCCGCACGAUCAAGUCGGACGUUGUGGUCGGCCUUGAGAGCGACGAAUUCGCCGAGAAGCUCGACAAGGAGGAACCCGGUUGGAAGAUCAGUGGCAAAUAUGCCGUCGUUCUGCUCUCCGAGGGUCGUCCUGGAGAGAAGGUUCGUUUCGCAUAG